AUGUAUGAACCAAGAGCUACCGGCUGGGUGAGCGUGAUCAUCAAUGAGCUUGUUAGCUUUCAGAUCAUAGCAACCUGCCCGUUGCUGGACUGGUUCGUCUGCAUCGCAUACGAUGAUUUUGAUUCCUCAUUGCUUUCGGCUUCCGAGGCCCUUCUUUCUGAGCCACUCUCUUUUUUUACUUCUCGUUUGCCGACUGUCACGGCCACAUCCAUCGCAGCUUACUUGGGCUGGGUCGUUUUCCAGGCGUUAUUGUACGUCUUUGUUCCGGGACCUCUCCACCAAGCGCCACGAACUCCAGGAGGGAGACGCCUUUUUUACCGGCUGAACGGAUUUUGGGCGUGGAUUUUGACGCUGGCUAUUGCGGCCUAUGCCUCUUAUGCCGGCUUCCUUGACCCGGCGCUUCUUGCAAAGCACUGGACCACAUUAUUAGCCACGGCUCUGGUAUAUUCAUCCGCCCUCAUCGGCAUCUUCUACAUCAAGGCCCGUGUUGCGCCCGACGACAAGGGCGACACACUGUUGACCGGGCACUUUUGGUAUGACCUCUUCAAUGGCGGAGAGCUUCACCCGCGAACCGGACAGUUGUUCGACUGGAAGCACUUUAACGCCAGCCGAACGGGUGGGAUUCUACUAUGGACCUUGAUCGAUCUUUCAUUUGCUGCUUUGCAGCACCAGAGAUUUGGCUCCGUGACGAAUUCAAUGAUUUUGGCUACUGGAUUCCGAGCCAUUAUUGUUGCAGAAUACUUUAUCUACGAAGACCUGUGA